AUGCGUGAAGAGGCUGUUCACUCGAAUAAUGACCGCUAUGCGACGCUGGGGGUCGCGACGCACAUCUACGUCAUCUCUCUGCCGAGACGCGACGACAGGCGCAUCCAAAUGGAAUGGAUACGCAGAACACAGAACAUUACCUGGAGAGUGCUGGACGCUAUCGACUCGGACGACCCCGUGGUCGUGAGUAUCAUGGACGGCGUCGCGCGCGAACGUAGUCGAUACCCGGCUCCCGAGUUCCAUUGGCCCUCGGACAUCAAUGCUCUUUCUUUGUCUUCUGUGCCCAUCUCAGCCUCAGUCGCCGAACCUUGGGACGCUCUGACUAGUGAUACUUCUUUGACGCCUCAGGCCUUCUUCAACGCUUCCGCUACUUAUGGCAAUCUCACUUGUGCUUCUGGAGACACUUCGAUCCCCGACUAUUCGUCAACUCUGCCAGACUACAAGCUCCUGACUCCUGCUAAGGUUGCGUGCUGGUACUCUCAUGUUCAUGCUAUUCGUACUUUUGUGGAGAGAAACGCCCUUACCACGAAUGGCGUCGCGGUAUACCUGGAAGACGACAUAGACCUCGAUAAGAACAUUCGUCACCAUCUCAAGGACCUGUGGCCUUCGCUUCCGGCAGGAUGGGAUAUCGUCUUUCUCGGCCACUGCUGGUCGAACGAAUCACAUCACGCUGCCCUAUCUACGUCGCGCUUCUUUUCCGAUGGCGACGACUCGGAACCAGCUGCGGACGGAGCGGUCCACCGUCUCCAUCCUUCGCGGGCCCCCAAAUGCUCUCACGGAUACGUGCUAUCGCUGGCUGGAGCCCGCCGACUUCUCUUGCACUUGAGCUAUCCUCCUUUUGCGUAUUCUCGUGCGUUUGACCAGGCGGUAGCGUGGCUAGUCGAGAGUGGUCGAUUGAGAAGCUACUCGGUUGUCCCAAGUCUGGUCGUCCAACGUAAAGUGGCUAGUAGCGACGUUUCAUAUGGCGUUGGGAGUAGCUGGCGAGAGGUGCUUCCGGAUGGUGUCUUGAGCAGCGGACAGUACAGUAGAUAACUUAGAAGCUUGCAGUCUGGUCUCGGGUUAAUCUCGCUGUAAUGGACAGGGUCGAACUCGGAAGAUUGAACUUCCCACCACGUGACUGCUGCGCGUCGCGACUCGCUAGACUUCGAUUGCCUGGAAGCGAACAAAAAUAGGCUUAUUAAGCUUGCCGAUCGAAGCCACAGUGCUAGAAGCCCGUUCAUUUGAAACGCAUCCAUUUUUUCGCUUGUUCAUUUUUCAGUUCCCUCAUUACUACUCGCCCGCUCAUUUUUACGUGUCACUCUCAUU